AUGCUGCGAGCGACGUGGUGGCGGCGCUUGCAAUUCCUCCUUAACCCUCUCGCUCCCAAAACAACACAUGUCUACCUUCCCUCUAUCUACUCCAUCUCACCACUCUUUACCGCAUGCGUCUUUGCUGAGCCCUCCUUCACUUCUUUUCUUCCGCCACCUCCUCCGUCCUCAUGCACCAGCCACAUCUGUCAUCCUGCUCCUACGCCUCCACCUUACCCCAACAACAACACACUCGCGUGGAUUCUCUUCCCUCUCACACACCCGACAAUGCCGUUCUCUUUGCUGUCACUGUUUCUAAGACACCUGCCUUCUACCUUACUCCUCUGCUUCCCCUUUGUGCAAAACCCCAUUGCGUUCAUUGUCAUCUUCUCCACCUACAUGCUGGGAGGCAAUGAAGCCACCAAAGCUCUACUUCCUCCGCCUCCGCUCCGCCCUCGUCUCCACCUCCCGCCAAGAUCAAAAUUUACAGACUGUCCAUCUGUCGACUGGUGUUACCUCGUGUGUUUGGGCACUUGA